AGGGGUAAAUUAUCCUUUAAUUGUGCACCAGUUUAACGAGUGGUCACCAUCAUGUUAAUCAAGAAAGUAAGGCUGGGUCUUCUACUUUUGGUGAUCGGAUUUUUGGGCAGGUUUUGUGCUGCGGAGGGACAAAACUACGAAUCCAUAGGAAACACCGUCCUUCAAAAAAUGCCAGCAUCUAACCUUGUGGCAACAGGUAAAAUAAUGCACAACGGAGCGAAUAGAGCACCUCGCCAGCGUCUGUGGCCCAUACCCGUCCCAAUUUUUGGCGGAUCUCCAUGCUCCGAAUGGCCGACAUUCCCAGGGUCACAUACACAAGGCAGAUAUUCAGUCUGGCAAGCACGUGCCGCGCAAGUUUUCUGCCAACGACUAAAGGAUGCGUGUGAAUAUGACGACGGUGAUCUGAUUUCAUGCGUGACAUCGCCAGUAUCCAUGGCAACUUGCGAAUCUCCGAUAUCCUACACGUUCGAAGAUACGUGCACAGCCAUGCCGGGAUGUUCGAUGCAUAUCGUUUCAACCAGUAUGAUUUGCCAUUGCAAACGGUGACACAUUUUAUGGAGCAGUUCGAGACUUGUCACUGGAGGUCUUCCACCUUGUCGAAGCUGAAAAUCCUGAUGGGCGUAGGUGUAGGUAUUUAAAGUAGUGAUGGAAUAUCCAGAUGUGAAAUUGUCCAGUCUGUUUGCGUUUUGAAUAAUUCGAAUAGUUUUAAACUAUUUAUGCGUAAUUAAUUUCAAAUGCGCAUAAAAAUAUAAAUAAUUUUAACAUAUUUACAAAUCCAUAAACUGAUUAAAACCCAUGUGCAGAAGUA